AUGGCGGCCCACCAGGAGGUGACGAUGUACGAUGAUGAAGUGAGAUCGCGCUACGGCCGGCUGGAGAAGAUGACCGACCUGGUGGCCGUGUGGGAAGUCGCUCUCAGUGACGGUGUCCAUAAGAUUGAGUUUGAACAUGGCACGACGUCGGGGAAGAGAGUGGUCUAUGUGGACGGGAAGGAGAUUAUCCGGAAGGAUUGGAUGUUCAAACUGGUGGGGAAGGAGACGUUUCCAGUUGGAGCGUCUCAGACGAAGGCCACCAUCAACAUCGACGCCGUCAGCGGCUUCGCCUACGAAUACACGCUGGAGGUGAACGGCAAGAGCCUGAAGAAGUACAUGGAGAACCGGUCCAAGACCACCAACACCUGGGUGCUCCACCUAGAUGGAGAGGACUACAGGGUGGUGCUGGAGAAGGACACGAUGGACGUUUGGUGUAAUGGACAGAAACUGGAGACCGCGGGGGAGUUUGUGGAGGACGGUACGGAGACGCACUUCAGCAUCGGCAAUCACGAUUGCUGCAUCAAGGCGGUGAGCAGCGGCAAGCGGCGGGAGGGGAUCAUCCAUACGCUGAUCGUGGACGAUUGUGAGAUUCCGGAGAGCGUGGAGUAA